UUGAUGGUUUGUACUUAGUCGAAGAAGCUAACAGGGACUAGGGAGAGCCAUCCCAUUUCGCAUACACGCUGCUGCCAUGGAAGGAUCCAAGUGGUGCGCUGCGAACUACGUGCCGCUCACGCCGCUCAGCUUCUUGGAGCGCGCCGCUCUCGUGUACGGUGGCCGCACGGCCGUCGUCUGCGGCGACAAGCGUUACUCGUGGCGCGAGACGCGAGAACGGUGCCUCGCCGGGGCGUCCGCGCUCGCGCACCGCGGCGUCGGCCGCCGAGACGUGGUCGCGGUCAUUGCCUCGAACAUACCGGCGAUGUACGAGCUUCAUUUCAGCGUGCCGAUGACCGGCGGUGUUCUCUGCACGCUGAACACCCGGCACGACGCGUCCAUGGUGUCAGUUCUGGUGAAACACUCGGACGCCAAGGUUUUCCUCGUCGAGUCGCAGUUCCUCGCCGUCGCCCACGACGCCCUGAGGCUCCUCGCCGACGGCAAAGACAACCUUCCUCUCCUCAUCACAAUCUCCGACGACGACGACAACGACGGCAGCGUCAUGGAUUACGAAGCUCUUCUGCGGAGUGCGCCACGCGGCUUCGAUAUCAGGUGGCCGACCGACGAGCGUGACCCCAUAUCCCUGAACUACACGUCGGGGACAACGUCGAGGCCGAAGGGCGUCAUCUACAGCCACCGCGGCGCGUACCUGAACUCGCUGGCCACAGUGCUCCUCAACGACAUGGCGACCAUGCCGGUUUACCUCUGGACCGUGCCCAUGUUCCACUGCAACGGGUGGUGCAUGGUGUGGGGCACCGCGGCGCAGGGAGGCACGAGCGUCUGCGUCGGGAGUGUGGCGCCCAAAGUCAUCUUCGAGCAGAUCGCGCUCCACGGGGUGACCAACAUGGGCGGCGCGCCCACGGUGCUCAACAUGAUCGUGAACGCGCCGGCCUCGGAGCGGAAGCCACUGCCGAGGAGGGUCCGUAUAUCGACGGGCGGCGCGCCGGCGCCUCCGCAGGUCCUGGCUAAGAUGGAGGAGCUCGGCUUCGACGUCAUGCACGGGUACGGCCUCACCGAGACGUACGGGCCGGCUACGCUCUGCGCGUGGAAGCCCGAGUGGGACGCGUUGCCGCUCGCCGAGCGCUCCCGGAUCAGGACGCUGCAGGGCGUUCCCCACCUCAUGCUUCAGGACAUGGUCAUCAAGGACCCCAUGACCAUGGAGACCUUGCCCUCCGACGGGCGCACCGUCGGCGAGGUCAUGCUCCGCGGGAACACGGUCAUGAGCGGGUACUACAAAGACGCGGCCGCCACGGAGGAGACCAUGCGCGGCGGGUGGCUGCGCACGGGUGACCUCGGCGUGCGGCACCCGGACGGGUACCUCCAGCUGAAGGACCGGUCCAAGGACAUCAUUAUAUCGGGCGGUGAGAACAUCAGCUCGAUCGAGGUGGAGUCUGUGCUGUUUGGGCACCCUGCGGUGCUCGACGCCGCGGUGGUCGCGAGGCCGGACGAUCACUGGGGAGAGACGCCGUGCGCGUUCGUCACGCUGAAGGACGGAGCAAGAACUACAGCGGAUGACAUCACCGAGUUCUGCAGAGCACGGUUGCCGCGUUACAUGGCGCCGAGAACGGUGGUGUUCGCCGACCUACCCAAGACUGCGACGGGUAAGACACAGAAGUAUCUGCUAAGAGAGAAGGCCAUGGCCAUGGGAAGCCUUAAGCAAGGCAGAAGCAGGUUGUAGUUGGCCUAUUGCCAAUACAACGCCCCUGUGGUUGCAUACAUGAUAUCACCAUCGUUCACCUCGACAUCGGUAAAAUCUAUGUAUCUUGAAACUCCUGUGAUGCACAAGAGGAGGCCGAAGAAAAGGGGGCAGAGAUACUGCUGGACACAGAAGCCGGCACGGUGCGCGGCCAGCUACGCGCCGCUGUCGCCGCUCAGCUUCAUCGAGCGCGCGGCCGUGUACGGGGAGAGGCGGCAGACGUGGUGGGAAGCGCGGGACCGGUGCGUCAGCGACUCAGCGUGGCCGGCGCGGUCGCCACCCGCUUCGGCGUCGUGCGCGGUGAUGUGGUGAGUGGAAUAUGACCAGCAGUCCAGCACGCUCCGUACUUUGUAGCAUGUGAAUUGCUGCGUCUAGUAAAAGCGACAGUAGUAUUGCUGCGUCUAGUAAAAGCGACAGUAGUUUUGGAUCACUGUUUGUUCAUUUUUUAUCUCACUUAAUUAAAUGGGAGUAAAUCUUUAGUCUAUUUUUUUAAAAAAAAUUGAGUUACCUCAAUAUUAAAAAAAUACAAAACUCGUAUCCCUAAAUAGGAGCACAAAUAGCACCAGUCAUUCCAUGGGCGUAGGGAUGGCAGCUGGCUCCGCCGGGUUGGAUCCCCGCGGGUUUCAAACCCG